GGCGGGAAUGCACCUUUAAGUUGGCUCGCCAACCGCCAUUAAAUCCUAAAAGAAGACGAAGAAGAUACGUCAUUUCCGCGCGACAGCAAACGCGAUGGCAGAAUCAGGAACCGAGAAAGUAAUCAAGCUUGUUCCUGAGAAUCUUCUCAAGAAACGCAAGGCGUACCAGGCUAUCAAAGCUACUCAAGCCAAACUUGCGUUACAGCAGAAGAGAAAAGUCCAAAAAGGAAUUCCCUUGAAGUUUAAGCGCUUGGAGGAGUUUUUGAAAAACAGCAAGAGGAGGAAUCGAGAUGAGACACGACUCGCCAGACUCAAACAGAGACCUCUGCCGCCCAUGCCCCCAGCAAAGAACAGCCUGGUGUUUGCUGUCCGCAUCAGAGAGAUCAAAGGCGUGAGCCCCAAAGUGAUGAAGGCCAUUCAGAUGCUGAGGCUGAGGAAGAUCUUUAGUGGCACCUUUGUGAAAGUCAGCAAGGCUUCUAUAAAAAUGCUUAAGACAGUGGAACCUUAUGUUGCGUGGGGAUAUCCUAACUUGAAAUCAGUCCGUGAGCUCAUAUUGAAAAGAGGUCUGGUGAGGAUUAACAAGAAAAGGAUUCCUCUGACCGACAAUACACUCAUAGAGCAGCAUCUCGGACAAUAUGGGAUCAUCUGUUUGGAGGACCUUAUUCACGAGAUCUAUUCUGCUGGAAAGAACUUCAAGGUGGUAAACAACUUUCUGUGUCCGUUCCGUUUGUCAGUACCAAGACAUGCUGCUAAAGACAAAGUUGGACUGCUGAAAGAUGUUGGUGAUCCUGGACCCAGAGCCGAAGACAUAAACACAAUCAUCAGGAAACUCAACUGAGCUAACAGACUUUCAUGGACUGCUGUUUUGCCACCAUAUUUCCUUGACUGUAAAGUUUGUUUAUCAUUUUUAUUAAACAAUGGAAAAUUUCACACUUUUUUUUCAUAAGCUUUUUUGAAAAUAGGUUGUUUUCAGAAGUAAUUAUGUACCUAUGCUCCAUUCCCUUUUAGCGGUCACACUAAACUUUUCGUUCUACUGACUUCCAUUUGUACAUAUGUGAAUGUGGAAGAGCAGAAACGCAAGCUCAUAUGAAGAAGUUUCGCAUUUCUUUGUGUUCCAAAGUUUAAGUUUGGCUAAUUCUGACCUGCGAAUUUGUAUCGCAUGAAAACGUGUGACCAACAGAAUAUUGAUACGUCACGGCAUGACGGUGAAAGCAUAAAUGUAAAACUACAUAAAAGUGGAGAAGAUUGUAUGUUUUUACUUUUUGGAUUUAUUGUUAUGUGUUGAAUUUAAGUUUUUAAAAGACGCUGCAGAGCCUGACAGCAUAUCAUGACAGUUGCAAUGUCUGAAGAAAUUUUGUGUGCUCAAAGUUUAAUGUGACCGGGGCUUAGCUUCAUAUUCAUACUGAAAGCUUUUGAGGGUCAAAGGGUGAAGCGCUCAAAAAUAACUAAU